GUAGCCCACAAUGUCUUGUCUUUCCUAUGUGAGUGACUACGAUGUAAAGAGAACCUCAAGAUUAAACUUGGCCAGUCAGUGGAUUGGUACACGGCUGGCAUUUCUGGAACAAACUGUCAGAAUAAACACCUUUAUUUACCAGCAAAGAGCGGCACCACUGCAGACAAAAACAAAUAAGGCAACUAGAUGUUGCAGAGAUCCUCGCCUGCUUCCUGACUUCUGUCAAGGUUCCCUUGAGCAAGAGAUGUCAAUGACCUAGCUCAAAGACUACAGUACUGUUUGUAGGCACCCCCUACACAUGACAUCUGUCCUUGCAAGCCCCUAUGUGUGUGAUCUAGUUCUCUGUGUGGUAUACAACAAAAAAUAUUUGGCGGAGUGUAAGUUGAAUUUCCCAUUGAGUGAUUAAAAUCAAUAUAGAAGCCACUAUUGUAUGAUUAAUUGAACAUUGUCAUGUGUCUUUGCUUCUUGUAUACAUAACAUCUUUCCCACAUGAUAUUUGGUUCCAGUGUCUAUUAUGUAAACACGUGAGGGCCACUAGCAAACAUUAGCUUUACUUAUACUCUCGAGUCAUCAGAUAACAACCACGGAGUGAACAAGUAGCGUCAGGAGAAAAGCCAUGGCUCGACAACACAAGGCUGAAGUCAUGAUUGCUGGAGAACAACUCAGGUUGAGGCUUCACGAUGGAAAACUCAUCAAGGACAGACGCUACCACCUUCGAACAUAUCCAAAUUGCUUUGUAGCGGAGGAGCUCAUAGUCUGGCUUGUGAACCAUAAGGAGGCUCCGGAUCGGACAACAGCCGUGUGUCUGAUGCAGCACCUCAUGGAUCAGGACAUUGUGCAUCAUGUUUGUGAUAAGUGGUCUGAGUUCAAGGAUGCCAAACUGCUGUAUCGUUUCCGCAAAGAUGAUGGCACAUUUCCCUUUAAUACACAAGUGAAAAUCUUCAUGAGAGGACAACGAUUGUAUGAGCAUCUCAUCGGGGACAAGCACUCAAUUCUCCAGCUAAGAGAGGAGCACGGUGUUGCGUAUCAGCGCUCUUUUCCUGGCUGCCAGAUGAUAGAUUGGCUCCUUCAAAAUGGAGAGGCAGUGAGCCGGUGCCGGGGUCUAGAGCUGUGCCGUGCUUUACAAGAGCAUCGCGUCAUUCAGCAUGUGGCCCAAAAACAUGCUUUCUUUGACAGUGGACUUCUCUAUCAGUUCUGCAUAAAUUUCCGCCGCAGACGACGCUUGUCUGAGCUGCUGGGUGAAAGUGAGCAAGACAAACAGGAAGGCACAAUGUUGUCAACACAAGGAGACAGCCACUCUGAUAGUCCAUUUGUUCUGCAUAAAGAUCCACCCCAAGAGGCUACCAGUGGUUUCCAGUCAGUGGGAGCCAGUAAAGACCUGAAAAGGGUGACAAGUGGCCGUCGAGGCAGCUUGAAUUCCCUUCAGCUUCACUCUGCAGGAUUUCCCCCUAUUGUUCAGCUGUCUUCAACCCCAGUCAUAAGAUGCAACCCUAAAUCAGUUCUUAAAAGACAUUUUACUUGUGAAGAGUUACUGGUACCAGGAGCACCCUUUACCAAGAGUGUGUUGACAGUUACAGGUGAUGCCCUCGGUUGGGGCUUUGUCCUUAGAGGCGUGGCUCCUUGUUAUGUGCAAGCUGUUGACCCCGGAAGCCCUGCAGCAGCUGCUGGAGUAAAGGUGCAGCAACUAUUGUGUCAGGUGAAUGGACAAUGUGUACUCUAUUUGGACUACAGGACAAUAACCACACUGGUGAUGACAGGACCUCGAAUUGUUGUAUUGGAAAUGAUGGAAUCAUUGGAAUAAAAAAGCUUCAGUAUUCAGUUUGA